CUAGCCUGGGAGGAACGGAGGAGGAGAAGCUGUAUAGGUGAUGCAGCAGGACAUGGCUACAAGAUUCACUGCAAGUGAUGACUAUUGGGGUUCUGAAUUUGACAAUUAUACUGAUGUCGUAUCAACAGAUGCUGUUCCUUGCAAAUACUGGAGACUGGACAAGUAUUUUGUAAUGGUUAUUUACAAUCUUGUGUUUUUUCUGAGUUUGCUGGGAAAUUCACUGGUGAUGCUGGUCAUCCUCUACAACCGGCUCCGCCGUUCAGUCACAGAUAUCUACCUGCUCAACCUGGCCAUAGCCGACCUGCUCUUUGCCCUUUCACUACCUCUUUGGGGUGCCUCCAAGGUGAAAGGCUGGAUCUAUGGCACAUCUCUUUGCAAGUUUGUCUCUCUUCUCAAGGAGGUCAACUUCUACAGUGGCAUUCUGCUGCUGGCCUGCAUCAGCGUAGACCGCUACCUAGCCAUUGUCCAUGCCACUCGUGCUUUGACUCAAAAGCGCCACUGGGUAAAGUUCGUCUGCAUGGGCAUCUGGGGCCUGUCUUUGCUCCUGUCCAUGCCCAUUAUUUCCUCCCGUGAGGCAAUCAAGUCAGAGUAUUAUGGCUUUGUCUGUUAUGAGAACUUUGGCAACAGUACUGAAACAUGGCGGCUGAUACUGAGAAUCCUUCCCCAGUCCUUUGGCUUUGUCCUGCCCCUACUGGUCAUGCUCUUCUGCUAUGGCUUCACUCUGCGCACCCUCUUUGAGGCGCACAUGGGGCAGAAACAUCGGGCGAUGCGGGUCAUCUUUGCUGUAGUCCUUGUCUUCUUACUCUGCUGGCUGCCUUACAAUCUGGUUCUGAUCACUGACACCCUCCUGAGGACCCAGAUAAUUCAGGAUAGUUGUCCACGAAGGGAAGCGAUUGAACAAGCCAUGGAUGUCACUGAAGGGCUGGGCUUCCUCCAUAGCUGCCUCAACCCCAUUAUCUAUGUCUUCAUUGGACAGAAGUUUCGCCACAGCUUCCUUAAAAUCCUGGCUGACCAUGGUGUGAUCAGUAAGGAUUACUUGGCACGCCACCAUAUUUCAUUCUCCUCCUUUGCCUCUUCUUCUGUUUCUACUGCUGUCUGAGUAUCAUCAGUUCAGAAUUUCUCAGCAGCUUCAAUAAGAAGUCAUUGCAUUGAC